UCAGAAGCUCGCCGAAUUGCAAAUUAGGCGAUCAGUCUUGGUUUGAUCGGCUUGUUGAGCUUAACUUGAGUCGCGCAUCAUGGGUGAGAGGAUUCUGCUAGCAUAUUCCGGAGGGCUGGAUACCAGCUGUAUCCUCAAGUGGUUGCUCGAGAAAGGUCACGAGGUGAUCUGCUUCAUGGCCGAUGUCGGUCAGGAGGAGGACUUCAACGCGGCCCGAGAGAAAGCACUGCGCAUCGGGGCCAAAGAUGUGAUCAUCAAGGAUAUGAAGCGGAUGUUUGUGGAGAAGUUCGUUUGGCCGGCGCUUCAGAUGGGUCUGAUUUAUGAGGAUCGAUAUCUUUUGGGAACCUCUCUGGCUAGGCCCUGCAUCUCGAUCGGCCUGGUUGAGGUGGCUGCUCAACGAGGUUGUUCGGUGAUUUCGCAUGGAGCCACCGGUAAAGGAAAUGAUCAGAUUAGGUUCGAGCUGAGUUGCUACGCGUUGAAUCCGUUGAUGAAGGUCAUCGCCCCCUGGAGAUUGCCGGAGUUCUGUGAGCGAUUCCAGGGUAGAACUGAUCUUUUGGAGUACGCGAAGAAGAACAAUAUCCCGGUGAGUGCAACGCCAAAGGCGCCCUGGUCGAUGGAUGCUAAUAUUAUGCACAUAAGUUACGAGUCCGGGAUCUUGGAGGACCCAUCUGUAGCUGCACCGGAAGAAUUGUACCAGAUGACUCAAUCCCCGUUGAAGAGUGCUGAUACUCCCAUCAAAGUUGAAAUCAUUUUCAAGGAAGGGCUUCCGGUGCGAGUUUCUGAACUUAUUAGUGGCAAAACUAUGGAAGAACCUUUUGAUAUUCUUACUUUCCUGAACAAGAUUGGAGGAGAGCACGGAAUCGGAAGGAUAGAUUUGGUGGAAAAUAGAUUCUUGGGGCUCAAGUCUCGAGGUGUUUAUGAGACGCCGGGUGCCACAAUUCUGCACGUAGCCCAUCGAGAUCUGGAAGUGUACUGUUUGGAUAGGGAAAUCCUAAGAGUUAAAUCUUUCCUGGCCUCCAAGAUGGCUGAUUACGUUUACAAUGGGUUCUGGUACUCACCGGAGGCGGAAUAUGUCCGUUCCUGUUUGGUUGCCUCUCAGAAAAACGUAUCCGGCAAGGUGGUCCUGGAAGUGUUCAAAGGUCACGCCAUGGCCGUGUCCCGGGAAUCUAUAAAAAGCGUCUACAAUCAGGAGCUGGCUUCGAUGGAUGUCCACGGCACACUCUCUCCCUAUGCGGCCAGUGGCUUCAUCGAGGUCAAUGCCAUGCGGCUUAAAGAACAUCACCGUGUAUUCGGAAGUGCCAAUACCAAAUAAUUGUAUCCAAUAAAAACUGUUCUA